GCUCUUCGUCUCUAUGGUCCCCAGGACAUUGUUUUUACAACAUUUUUAGGUUAUUUGUUUACAAAUUAAAAUCUUUUUUGACCCUGUAUACGGUGCAAAAUUUUCUGUAUUAUUUGAAACGUUAAUAUUCACAUUCGUUGGUAUGAAAUGUAGGGUAUAAUUUAUUUUUUAGAGACUGCAAAAUGGCUGGACGAAUCCCAGAUAGAUGGUUACAAUAUAAAUCAUGUGGAAAAGUUAUAGAAGGAACAAGAAUUAUUUGUUUUAAAGUGCCACUAAAAAGGGCUGUGCAAGUUAAACAUGUGGAAGAGAAUAACAUAUGGGAUAUUACGCAGCUUUUAUUAAGAAUACCUAAUAUAGGAGCUGUUUUAGAUCUUACGAAUACGGCUCGAUAUUAUAAUCCGAAGAAUUUCGAAGCGGUGGGUGUGUUACAUAAGAAGAUAUUAAUACCGGGCCGGGCUAUUCCGCCCGAAAGCAAAGUGACAGAAUUUAUGAAUGCUCUGGAUGGAUUUCUGGAAGACAACAAUAAGUGCUUGGUCGGUGUCCACUGCACGCACGGUCUGAACCGGACAGGGUACAUGGUGUGUAGAUACAUGAGAGACCGCCUCGGAGUGCCCGCCGCAGAAGCCAUCAGACGUUUUGAAUUGGCUCGAGGAUAUCAUAUAGAAAGGGAUAACUAUGUCGCGGAUUUACUCAGAAAGCCCCCGCUGCCUCCCGACGAAGGCUGUGAUACCGUUGUAAAACCAAUUAAACAAGAGGAAAAUGAUGAGAAGAUUACUGGUGAGGAAAAAGAGGAUAAAGCGGAAUUAAGUCACAAGAGGAAACUCGAAAAGACGAACAUACAAGAAAAUACGAAAAAGAAAAGACAUAAAAGAAAAAAAUAUACAUCAGAUAGUUCAAGUAUGGAGAAAUCAGAUAGAUCAUACGAUUUUAAGUAUGACUAUUAAUUUGGUCGUGUAUAAAUUUUACUGUAAGUAAAAUAAAAAUUGUUAUUUAUCGGUACAAACUUGUAAAAAUUACAAUCAUCCCUAAAACAAUAGCUUAGAAAAUUUCCUAGACCUUAUCAAUUAGGGUCUUCCUUAAUGAUCAAUUAACUACUCUGUGUGAUUAAAGAAUUGUUGCCCGUUUAAUAAACUUUUUUUUUUUAAUAGAA